AUGAACGCGGCGGCGGAGCUCGGGGCGCUGCACCCCGCCCCCGCGCCGCGCGACCUGCGUCAGAGGCGCAUGGCGUACCUGGUCGCGGGGUCGGCGGCGCUUGAGGUGCACAAGGACGGCGACCCGAAGCAGCGCCGCCAGAGCCUCGGCCUCGCGGGCCGCAUGGUCGCCGCCAGCCGCCGCGCCGCGGAGGCCGAGGCCGCGGCCGCCGCCGCGGCCGGCGGCGGCACCGGCGGCGGCACCCUGGCAGACGCGUUCACGGCCCUGCAGGAGUUUGGCAUCGCGGCGCGGCGGGGGGACGCCGAGGGGCUGCGGGCCGCGCUGGCGGCAGCCGCAGGGCUGGCGUGCGUGGGGGCGGAGCACCUGCUGAGGAUGGCUGCGGUGGUGGAGGACCCCGAGUUCAGCCACCCCGACGUACUGAUGGCGGCGCUGACAGCCGCCCUGGCCAAGCUGAUGGCGCGCGGCGACCCGGACUGGCCGCGCGUGGCGCUGGUGGUGCGGCAGAUGGCGGGCGCGGCCACCAGCCACGCAGAGCGCGUGAAGGUUUUUGAAGAGGGCGCCCAGAUCCUGGGCUCAGCCCCGCCCAACGAAGGCGUCGGCGACGAGGGCGGUGCCACCAAAGGCUACCCGGAGAGGGAGGCGCGCUGGCUGGCCGGCAGCUGUUGGAACGCCGGCCUCGCCAGGCUGCGCCGCGGCGACAGGCGCGGCGCGGCGCCGCUGCUGCGGCUGGGGCUGGACAUGCUGCGCCACCUGCCGCGGUGGGGGGCGCCCGACAGGGCGGCCAUGGAGGAGCUGGCGGCAGAGGUGGGGGCAGCCGCGGCGGGUGCUGGGGGCUGA